UGUUUUAAGUUAUAGAUUAAGCCAAAUUAAUGCUAUAGAAAAUGACUUAGAACGGUUUGUACCACGUGAUAUACCAUUGCCAGUAGAUAGUCCUGGUAUUAAAGCCAUCGCUAAAGAAAUGCGAAAUUUUUAUUUUAAAGGUGGAAUUAUAAAUGAAAAAUCCUUAAAUGAACUCGCAAAUGUAUUGAGUGAUUAUCACUUUGUUGUUGACAUGCAGCGUGCCGCAGAGUAUCAAGCCCGUUAUCAAUCGAAUGCACCAUUAUUCUUUUAUCGCUUUAAUUAUAUUGGUGAUCUCAAUAUGUAUAAACGAAUAUUCCAAGUUGAAGCACUCAAUGGGGCAUGUCAUAACGAUGAAUUAUGUUAUAUGUUUCAAACAGCUGAUGAUAAAACAACUCUAACACCAGACGAUGAAAUAUUUGCCAAUAAAUUGUGUCAGCUUUGGACAAAUUUUGCAAAAUAUGGAAAUCCAACUAUUAAUACAAUCAACUGGAAGCCAGUGCGAUGCCCAAAAACGGAAGACAGUAAAUUCGAAUUAGAUUAUUUAUCUAUUGAUAAACAAUUUGAAAUGAAAAAAAAUCCUGAAGAAAAUCGUAUGGAUUUCUGGCGCAAAAUUUAUGAAAAUUAUAAUAGAAUCGAUUAUUUUAGACAUAGCGCCAAACUUUAAUAUUAA